GAGUCAGCUCCCGGAUCAGCCAGAGGCCUGGCCUCUCCAUAGAGGAGAAAACACGGGCUCCGAGUGGCCUGACAUGGGGCUGGCCCCCUGCCCAGGCAGAGCUGGCGUGCCACGGGCACCCUGCCGCGGUGCCGGGGUGGCUGGGGCCGCACCCUGCAGGGCCGGCAGCUUCCGUUCCGACGGGGUGAUUGGCAGAGCUGGCUCCUGUCGUAAAGCCCCGCUGUUCAGGUGGCCACGCAGCGUGGACAGCACAUGCUGCCCCACAGGGGAGAAACCCGCGGGGACCUUCACAACAGAGCCGGGCGGCGGUCGCCCGAGCACACGGCGGGUGCCCAGCAGGUGCUGGAAGCCACAGGAGGCAGACAGACCAACAGGAACGGCCGACAGCCAGCCCAGGGGACCGAGCAGCAGCAGAGCUGGGGGAGCAGCCGGGCCGUCACUGCCCACGGCCACCUGGGUAAGGGAGGAUCCGACGGCCCCCCACACAAUCCCGGCCACCAACGAGGCACGGAGCCUCAGGGAGACCCCAGGAGAAGACCACCUGACGGGGCCUUCAGAGGAGGCCGAGGGGCGGCCGGGGCCAGGAGCACACGGCGUGUCGGCAGGAGCAGCGGCUGGCCAAGGGGCCGCGGGAGGACAUGAGCUGACCUGGAGGCCUCAGGACAGCAUGCUGGUAGGUCUGGGGACCCUGGAGGCAGGUCACAGGACUCUACCUGCAGCCCAGACCCUGCAGCCAGCCUGGCUCCGCAGCCUGCACACCAGCACACUGACUCUGUCACCCACCCAGUGGGAGUUAGCCACUACCUUCCUGAGGAAGAAACAGGCACAGACAAGUUGAGAACCUUGUCCAAGGUCACACAGCAGUGGCAGCACGUGGCUUGACACUGAAGAGACCCUGGAGCCCACUCACCCACAGUGGCUAGUCUACACCUGGACUCGUCUACACCAGGACUUGUCUACACCCCUCCCCAGCUCCUAUUUUAAAAGGCCCUGACCACCCAAAGGAAGGAAAAGGCCCAAGGGCAGCAAUGGUCAUGGAGGGGUGACUUCCUGGAGCUGUGGCCCCCACACCUCCCACUCUGCAGUGUGUUAGAUGACGCCAUGAGCCCGGCCCCCAGCCCAGCAGGCAGGCUCUCCGCCCAGGCCCGUGCCUCGGUUCCAGGGUGCAGACGAGGUGACCCACACACGCCAGGUCCCAGCAGGAGACCUGAGGCGAAGAGGGAGCCCGUGGGUGCAGACCUCACCCCAGGCCAGAGUGCCGGGCUGUUGAGGGUGCCCUAACCCAGCGCACCCCAGCCUCCCUCCACGCGGGAGACUGAGGCCGGGAGGGGUGGGGCUGAGCAGGCCAGAGGCGCCCGCAGGGGACUAGCCAGUGCCCCGGAGCCGAGGAGCAGGGGAGGGGUCGACCCGGGAGAUGAAGCUCACCCCCAGCACCUGACCUCUGCCCAUCCCCCACUGUGACGGGGUCCACGUCACCCUGACCUGCACCCAGGCCCCAACCCCCACCCCCAGGAAGGCCAGACUGGCCCAGGAGGGGAAGGACGAGGCCCCAGCCCUGCCACCUCCUUCCAUGGGGCUCCCAGCCCCCGACACACUGCACCAGGCCUGCUGCUCCCCAGCUGGACACUCUGAAGUCCUGUAA